GUAUGUAAAUGACAGCCAAUGGAGGCGGCUCUUGAGCUGGGCUGGGAUUAGAGCCGGGGCGAAUGGCUUGCAAUCUUACUGGGAUUACAGAACAAAGAGGCCCCCUCCCCUUCGCCUUGUCUGCAGCCCCCGGGAGCAGGGGCUGGCUGCAUGGGGGGCCUCUGCCUGGCCCAGGACCCCCUCCCUUUUGCAUCCAUCCUUCCCUCCCGGAGGCAGCCCGGGCAAUCAUGGCACUGCUGGGGAAGCUUUCCGAUGGGCUUCUUAACAACUGCAGACCUGACCAAUGGCACUUGGUGUUCUCUCAAAAAGAUGAAGUUAUCACCAGCUUAGUAUCAGCCUUAGAUUCUAUGUGCUCAGCCCUUUCUAAACUCAACACGGAGGUUGCCUGUGUUGCUGUCCACGAUGAAAAUACUUUUGUAGUUGGGACAGAAAAGGGGAGGCUGUUCAUGAACACAAGGAAGGAGGUCCAGGCCGAUUUCAAAAAGUUCUGCACAGGUGUCCAGCAGAGCAAAGAGCAUGAACUUGACGGCCAGAAGAAGGCAAAAGAUUUUGGUCGGACGAUUCCUCGGAUCUCCCCAGAUCAGGGAUCAGAUGUUUAUCUCCUCAGGAAGAUGGUAGAAGAAGUCUUUGAUGUGCUUUAUAGUGAGGCCUUGGGGAAGAGCAGUGUGGUUCCACUGCCAUAUGAGAAGUUCUUGAAAGAGCCUGGUUGGUUAACGGUGGUUGGGUUACCUGAUGGACUCACGUUCAGGAAACCCAUUGAAUAUGAUGCAAAGUCCCUGAUGGCCAUAUUAGAGCACAGCCACAACAUGCGUUUCAGGAUAAAAAGGCCACCCGAGGACUCUAUCAGGGAUCCCAACCCUUCUAUUGAGAUGAACUCUUCUGCUCUCAUCUCCAAGGGGAACCGAGAGCCGGGCCUUAAUAAUGUGCGCGUUAAGCAGGCCAAUCAAGACACUCUUCCUGGGAUCACCACCAGCGGUUUCCUGUAUGGCGUGUCGCUGCCCACACAGAUUGCCAUGGAGAUAAAGCAGGAAGGUUCAGCCAGUCGGCAUGGGAUGAAUGCAGUCGGCGACAUGCUGAGGCCCCGUCCAUCAGGAGAAGCGAAGGUGCCUUCGCCACAGGAGUUCGGUGACUGCUGUGGACAGAAAUCUAUCCUUCCCGGUGGUCCACUCAUCCAAAAUGUCCAUUCCUCCAAGCGCAUCCUUUUCUCCAUAGUCCACAACAAAUCAGAUAAAUGGGACAGUUUUAUAAAAGAAACCGAAGAUAUCAACACCCUGAGGGAAUGUGUGCAAAUUCUGUUUAACAGUCGAUAUGCUGAAGCCUUGGGGCUGGAUCACAUGGUCCCUGUCCCGUACCGGAAAAUUGCCUGUGAUCCGGAAGCAGUAGAGAUCAUUGGAAUUCCGGACAAAAUCCCCUUCAAGAGGCCCUGCACCUACGGGGUCCCCAAGCUCAAGCGGAUCUUGGAAGAAAGGCACAAUAUCCACUUCGUGAUCAAAAGGAUGUUUGAUGAAAGAAUUUUUACAGGAAAUAAAUUUACCAAAGAUGCAACCAAGAUUGAGCCAUCAAGCCCCUCUGGGGAAGUCUCCCCUGAACCACAUAGAAUGGCAUUUCUUGAUUUAGCAGGGACUUCUCAAGCUAAUCACAGGUCUGACAAAUGCCUCAUCUCUGGAGACUGUGAACCAGGUACCUCAGGGGAACUGGGAGGGAUUAAACGCAUCAAAAUAGAACCAGACGAAGUGGACAUAAUUCAGAUCACUGUUCCAGACAAAGGGCCCAGCAUUGAUUUGCAGCAUGACGAGAAGCAAAUGGAAGGAAAAGAUGGUGUCAGUGACGUUUUAAGCCACUUGAGAAAACAAGUAGAAAUUUUAUUUAAUGCAAGAUAUGCGAAAGCCAUAGGAAUUUCUGAGCCUGUCAAAGUCCCGUAUUCCAAAUUCUUGAUGUACCCAGAAGACCUUUUUGUGGUGGGCUUGCCUGACGGUAUUCUACUCAGACGGCCCAACUGUUUUGGGAUUGCAAAGCUAAAGAAGAUUCUUCAGGCAAGCAGCAGAAUUCGAUUUGUUAUCAAAAGGCCAGAACUUCUUACAGAAGGAAUGAAAGAAACGACCUCAGAUAGCUCAGGAGCAAUAGCCAAUGAUAGAGUCUCCAUUGAGCCCAUUGAGGAACCUGUAAAAAGACCAGGAUUUCAAGAAAAUUAUGAUACUCGACUGUCAAGAAUAGACAUUGCAAAUACACUCAGGGAACAGGUUCAAGAUCUGUUCAACAAGAAGUACGGUGAGGCGUUGGGCAUCAAAUACCCAGUCCAAGUGCCAUACAAGCGUAUCAAAAGCAAUCCGGGUUCAGUGAUCAUAGAAGGGUUGCCACCAGGAAUCCCAUUCCGGAAACCUUGCACCUUUGGCUCUCAGAAUCUGGAGAGGAUAUUAGCUGUGGCGGACAAGAUCAAAUUCACAGUUACAAGGCCUUUCCAAGGACUCAUCCCUAAACCUGCCCCUAGACGGAUAUCCACCUUGGAAAAAGCUUACACCACUUUGAACGAUGAGGAUGAUGCAAACCGGUUGGGUGAGAAGGUGAUUCUCCGAGAGCAAGUGAAAGAGCUGUUCAAUGAAAAAUACGGGGAAGCUUUAGGCCUGAACCGACCUGUUCUGGUACCCUACAAACUGAUCAGGGACACACCUGAUGCCAUUGAAGUGACCGGUUUGCCAGAUGAUAUCCCGUUUCGGAAUCCCAAUACUUAUGACAUCCAUCGGCUAGAGAAGAUUCUGAAAGCACGUGACCGGAUCCGGAUGGCAAUUACUAGCCAGCUCCAGCCAUUUGCAGACGUAGGUCCUGAGGCCAAACCACCAGAAAACAACAGCAUUGUUCCUAAACGGAAGCGGAAGAGGAUCUCAGAAGGGAAUUCUGUCUCUUCCUCCUCGUCAUCGUCGUCGUCAUCCUCCUCGUCAAAUCUAGAGUCCACCUCAUCAACCAAUCAAAUCUCACUUGUGCAAUGGCCGAUGUACAUGUUGGACUAUGGGGGUCUCAACGUUCAGAUCCCGGGGCCUAUGAAUUAUUGAGACCUCACCUUCUGCAGACGAACCUCAAACAAAAAGAAAGAACUGCUCGUGAUGUGUAAUUUUUUUUGUACAAAGUGUAUAUUCCAAUAUGUAACAAUGCCUUUUAGUUUUUCCAAUGAUUUUUACACUAUAUUCCUGCCACCAGGGCCUUUUUGAAUAAAAAAAGAAAGGAAGUGUUGCCUUGCUCUGAAAAAAAAAAUGUUUUAA